CACGCAUGUCCGCAGAAGAACCGGAAGAGCUCAAGCGCUUCCGAGAACAAUGGAAAGCUGAAGUACAGCGCAAACGACAGGAGCAGACUGCUCACCCUCCAACUGAGCCUUUCAUCACCGGUGCCACCUCGUCUACUUCUACCCACACCGAGAGUACGCCCGCUCACGAUGAUCACCUGGUCAAAUUAUCGGACUUGGUCGAGCCUACAUCGUCCGGGGUCAACUAUGCGACUACGGGGACAGCUGGAGUACGUCGGAAAGCGGUAGACGUUUACAGGGAGGCUGUUCGGUGUGAGCAGGCAAGUAAACUUGAUGAGGCCCUUCGCUUAUAUCGCCAGGCCUUUCGUAUGGACUCGAACGUCGACCGGGCGUACCACUACGCUGAGCAACAGGCCAACGGUACAUCGAAGAAAUCCACGCUGCACAAGAAGACCGCCUCGACUGACGCUCAAGUUGACGCACUCGCGAACGGUGUGGCGGCGGUCAAGGUCUCGGAUGUGCCACACACGCCUCGUAUCUUCGACUCCUCUCAUGUCAUCGAGAAUGGCGCCGGUAAUAUUACUGGUACCCUGGCAGGCGUGCUGAAGGAGUUUCCCGAGUCAUUGGGUUUCGAACCGGAGGAAGAGAAAGAACCUCUUCACCUGGCGAAGCUGCCCAACGAACUACUCACCCACGUCCUUCGUUUCCUCAACAUCACAUCCCUCGAGCGGUUCGCACAGGUCAAUCGGAAGGCCCGCCUAUUGACGCUAGACUCGACUUACUGGAGACGGCUUGUUCUUGCCACAUACAAGCCACCACAGAUUGAAGAAGAUGAACGGAUAGAGGAUACAAUCAAGGAAUUUCAGAAGGACUAUCGGAGGUUGUUCAUCGAGAAACCGAGGGUGAGGUUGGACGGUGUUUACAUUGCCGUUUGCCACUACACCCGCCAUGGUAUGAGUGACAAUGCCUGGGUUGCUAUCAGUCACUUGAUCACCUACCACCGCUAUCUUCGAUUUUUCCCCACCGGAGAUGUCAUAUCCCUUCUCGCGAACGAAGAGUACAACCCUCAACAGAUCAUCCCUAUCCUUCAGCCUACGCUCAGGAUGAAGGGUCUGUACAUCGGCCGCUGGGCUCUCUCCGGCAACAACCUGUUUAUCACCGACCUCACGGAUCCAUCCAGGUCAGACGCCAAGUAUACCUUCCAGAUGACGCUCACUCUGCGCUCCCGUCCACUCGGUCGAUGGAACAAGAUCGAUUUUGACGGAUAUGAUUCGGUAGAUGUUGGAACUGGCGAGGCUUGUCCUUUGCCGCUGAAGAAUGAGAGGCCGUUCUGGUUUAGCAAGGUUAGGAGCUAUGGGUCCGGGAACUAGUGAACUUUAGACACUCUUUGAAGUCAGGCUAGGCUGGCAUCGUUCAUCUCUUACUUUGGCUUGUAUAUCGGUUUCGAUAUCUUUGGGACGACCUAGUGAAUGCUACGUUGGGCGUGACACUUUCCUUGUGUU